CCCACCUGUGCCCAGCAGUGCCACCUACAUGUGCCCAGCAGUGCCACCCACCUGUGCCCACCCACCUGUGCCCACCAGUGCCACCCACCUGUGCCCACCCACCAGUGCUGCCCACCAGUGCCACCCACCAGUGCAGCCCAGCAGUGCUGCCAGUCAGUGCCGCCAGUCAUGCCGCCAGUCAGUGCCCAGCAGUGAUGCCAGUCAGUGUCGUCUAUCAGUACCCAUCAUCAGUGUCACCUAUCAGUGCCGCCUAUCAGUGCUGCAUAUUAGUGCCGCCUAUCCGUGACACCUCAUUAGUGCUGCCUAUCAGUGCCCUUUAGUGCUGCCUAUCAGUGCCCAUCAGUGCCGCCUAUCAGUGCCCAUCAGUGCUGCCUCAUCAACGCACAUCAGUGA